UCCGUGUCCAACCACUCUGCUCAGCCCAGAGGAGCAGCCACACAGAAAAAAAGAAGUUAAAAUCAACUCACAGCAGAGGAGGGAGGGAGAGAGAGAGGGGGGAGAAAACGCCCUGGAAACUUGGUUGAUCAAGAAAUAGGAAAGGAGUGACAGAAUCCUAACAGACUGCGAAGUUGUGACUGGGAGAAGUGCUUUUCUUGGGCUGGGGAGAAGGGGAGAGGACACGUUUUCAAGGAUGCUCAGGCUGGUGUGAGGCUUCUUGGGCGCAAAGAUUGCGCAAAGAAGUCAAGAAACAAGAAACACAGCGUCAGACUGAAGCCCUUGGCAUUGCUUGAGCAAUCCAAGGAAAACAAAGGUAGAGUUUCCAUCACACCAGGUGUUAAAUAGAAGAGAGCAAAAACAAGAUGGCUGAAGAGGAAGAAACAAGAGAGGUGCUCUUUCCAGACUGGGAGGGUCCAGACAAAACUGGCUUGACCAUUGAACAGACAAGUGGAGGAGAGAUCUUUGUCAGGGAGGUGAAAGGAGAGUCACCUGCAGCACGGUCUGGAAAAGUAUAUGAAGGUGACCAGAUUGUGGGAGCCACUAUCUACUUUGAUAACAUGAGCUCAGAAGAAACAGCUGAACUUCUGAAGACACUGAACCGCCACAAGGUUGGACUGAAACUACAAAACAAAGGAGACAAAUCCCCAUACUGCUCGCCCGUGAGCACACCAUGUCGUUCACCAAUGGGCACACUGACGUGGGAAGGGAAGACUCGGUUUGGAGGUUCCAGUCCAGAUAUCAUCCUCAGUGGGGAUGAUGAGGACUAUAAGAGAAUAUACACAAAAAAGAUAAAACCGAGGCUGAAGUCUGAAGACCUUGCAGAGGGAGUUGAUGUUCGCACAGAGCGACACAGCAGCACAAGUAGUGAUGGCAGCACAAUUACUACCAUCACGCGCCGCAUCACCACCUACACUGUGGAUAUGCCGAGUGGCAUAAGUGAGCAGCUUGAACUUUCAAGCCCAGAGUUCAAGGGGCUGAGACACGAAUCUGGAGAUGGCUCUCCUCGCAUCAGAAUCUCACAUGGCAGCCCUUCAGGUAAAGAGGGUGUGGAAGAGGGAGUUUUUGAGUCAAGUAAUGUCUCUUACACUGGGCCUCACAUUAGCUCCACAGAGACACGCUGGGGCAGUGGGGGAGUUAAGACCACAACAAUUACAAGAGAGGUUGAAAAAGAAAGAGGUACAGGUCUCAGAUUUAAAGGGUCAAACAUUGGAAUAACAGGUGGUAGCCAGGGAGGCUUUGAGAUCUCAAGAGGGAGUGGAGAGCUUGGAGAUGGAAGCAUUCAAGUGUCAGAAACAAGCAUGACAUUAAGAGACAGUACAAACACUGGGAGUAGGCAUGUUACAUUGGGAGGGUUGGGAGGAGCAGAAGUAAGUUCGACUGAUGAAAACGGAGGAUCAAUUAGUCUGUCUUUACCAGGAAAAGGCACACAGAUUUUGACUACAUCCAUGGAUAAAACACUUGAGGGAGGUGUUGACACCAGUUUAGGUGAAAGAACAAAAGUAAAGGUAUCUGGAAUUACCAUCAGUCACCCACAAGCAAAGGGAUCAGGCAGUAUUGAUAUUCCAAAUGUCAGACAUGAAGGGGGUUCCAUAGAUACUGAUACUGAAUUGAGAGGUGGCAGGAUAGGAGGAUCAGCAAUAACAUUAGGAAAUGUUACCUCAGGAUAUUCCUCAGUUCCAGGCAAGAUUUUGGAUGUUAACCUCACAAGUUCAAAGUUGAAAGGGGAGGUUGAUGUCAACCUGUCAAGCACAAAGGGAGGAAUAAAAGCAUCUGGAAUAGACACAAAGGUUCCAGGCUAUGAAACUGAGGGCACUGUGAGUGGCAUGGAAACGUCAUCAAUCAAGAUGCCUGGAUUUGGAAUGAAAGGAAUCAAGAAAGGGGGAACUAGUGUUGAGUUUAAACUCAGUGGUGAUGGAGAUAUGUCAGUACCCAUGACAUGUGGAGAGGUGCAAACACCAGAACUAGACAUCAGAGGGACAGAUAUGCAGAUCAAAGAACCUAGUGCUAAUAUUCAAGGACCAGUGGUGAAUGUGAGACUUCCAGAGGCUGAAAGUGACUUUGCAGCACCUGACAUAAACUCUAGCAUUAAAACCAAAAUACCAAAGAGUGAUGGCAAAUACAAAAUGGAGGUGUCCAGUGUCCAAUGUCCAAUGUCAUCUUUAUCUGGGCCAGAUAUAGAUGUAAACCUGAAGGGUCCUAAGGCAGAGGGAAGUCUUGAUGUAACUGUGCCGAAGACUGAGGGAGAAAUAAAGGCACCCAAAGUACACAUUAAAGGUCUAGAUGUAAAUAUUGAGGGAAGGGAAGGGGAUUUCAAAAUGCCUCAGAUAAAGAUACCAUCAUUCGGGGCUUCUGGGGUUUCCAUUAAAGCAACACAAGCUGUUGUUGAAAGCAGUGAUGUAAAACUAAAAGGAACCCAACCUGACAUUAAUGCCAAAGUUGACAUGAAAGCACCACAGGUUGAAUCAAUUUCAGGUCCAAAGGUCUCCAUACCAGAUGUGGAUUUAAGUGUCAAAGGUGCCAAACUCAAAGGUAAUGUGGAUGUGUCAGCUCCAAAGAUAAAAGGAGACAUAAAAUCACCUGAAGUUGACAUCAAAGGUCCAGAGGUCGAUAUUGAAGGGCGAAAAGGUGGAUUUGAAAUGUCUAAAAUCACAAUGCCAUCAUUUGGCUUUAAAGGUCCAAAAGUGGCAGGUCCAGAUGUUGAUAUAAAACUUCCCAAGGCUGGUAUUGAUGUAAAAGCACCUGAAGUUGACAUUAAAGCUCCAGAGAUUGACAUUGAAGGCCCUGAUGCAAAAAUCAAAGGACCGAAAGUUAAAAUGCCAACCAUAAAAGGACCAAAGAUGCCAGACCUUGACAUCAGACUAAAAGGUCCUAAAGUUGAGGGAGAUGUGGAUAUUUCACUUCCGAAGAUUAAAGGAGAUAUAAAAACCCCUGAGGUGGAAAUUGAAGGACCAGAUGUUGACACUGAAGGCCCCAAAGGUGCAUUCAGAAUGCCUAAAUUUAAAAUGCCAUCAACUACCGUGAAGGGUCCAAAAGUAGAAGGUCCAAAUGUUGAUAUAAACCUUCCAAAAGCUGACAUUGACCUGAAAGUACCUGACAUUGACAUCAAAGCACCAGAGCUUGAUAUUGAAGGACCGGAUGCCAGUCUCAGAGGACCCAAACUGAGCAUGCCAACCAUUUCAGGACCGAAUAUAAGCAUGUCAGAUGUUGAUUUUAAAUUGAAAGGUGCCAAACUCAAAGGCGAUGUGGAUGUAUCAACUCCAAAGAUAGAAGGAGAAAUAAAAGCACCUGAUGUUGACAUCAAAGGUCCAGAGAUUGAUAUUGAAGGACAUAAGGGUGGAUUUGAAAUGCCUAAGAUCAAAAUGCCAUCAUUUGGCUUUAAAGGUCCAAAGGUGGAGGGUCCAGAUGUUGAUGUGAAACUUCCCAAGGGAGAGAUAAAAGCUCCUGAGGUGGAAAUUGAAGGUCCAGAUGUUGACAGUGAAGGCCUCAAAAGUGGAUUCAAAAUGCCUAAAUUCAAAAUACCAUCAUUUGGCAUUAAGGGUCCAAAAGUAGAAGGCCCAGAUGUUGAUGUCAACCUUCCCAAAGCCAACAUUGACAUGAAAGCACCUAAUGUUGACAUCAAAGCACCAGAGCUUGAUAUUGAAGGACCUGAGGCAAAACUCAAAGGACCCAAAUUAAGCAUGCCAACCAUUUCAGGACCAAAAAUCAGCAUGCCAGAUGUGGAUUUCCAUCUGAAAGGUCCAAUACUCAAAGGUGAUGUGGAUGUGUCAGUUCCAAAGGUAGAAGGAGAUAUAAAAGCACCUGACGUUGACAUCAAAGGUCCAGAGUUUGAUAUUGGAGGACCAAAAGGUGGAUUUGAAAUGCCUAAAAUCAAAAUGCCAUCAUUUGGCUUUAAAGGUCCAAAAGUGGAAGGACCAGAUGUUAAUAUAAACCUCCCAAAAGCUGACAUUGAUGUGAAAGCACCUGAAGUUGACAUCAAAGUUCCAGAGAUUGACAUUGAAGGCCCUGAUGCAAAAAUCAAAGGACCUAAGGUUAAAAUGCCAUCCAUAAAAGGACCAAAAGUGCCAGAGCUUGACAUCAAACUAAAAGGUCCUAAAGUUGAGGGAGAUGUGGAUGUUCCAUUGCCAAAGAUUGAGGGAGAGAUAAAAGCUCCUGAGGUGGAAAUUGAAGGUCCAGAUGUUGACAGUGAAGGCCUCAAAAGUGGAUUCAAAAUGCCUAAAUUCAAAAUACCAUCAUUUGGCAUUAAGGGUCCAAAAGUAGAAGGCCCAGAUGUUGAUGUCAACCUUCCCAAACCCAACAUUGACAUGAAAGCACCUAAUUUUGACAUCAAAGCACCAGAGCUUGAUAUUGAAGGACCUGAGGCAAAACUCAAAGGACCCAAAUUAAGCAUGCCAACCAUUUCAGGACCAAAAAUCAGCAUGCCAGAUGUGGAUUUCCAUCUGAAAGGUCCAAUGCUCAAAGGUGAUGUGGAUGUGUCAGUUCCAAAGGUAGAAGGAGAUAUAAAAGCACCUGAUGUUGACAUCAAAGGUCCAGAGUUUGAUAUUGGAGGACCAAAAGGUGGAUUUGAAAUGCCUAAAAUCAAAAUGCCAUCAUUUGGCUUUAAAGGUCCAAAAGUGGAAGGACCAGAUGUUGAUAUAAACCUCCCUAAAGCUGACAUUGAUGUGAAAGCACCUGACAUUGACAUCAAAGUUCCAGAGAUUGACAUUGAAGGCCCUAAUGCAAAAAUCAAAGGACCUAAGGUUAAAAUGCCAUCCAUAAAAGGACCAAAAGUGCCAGAGCUUGACAUCAAACUAAAAGGUCCUAAAGUUGAGGGAGAUGUGGAUGUUCCAUUGCCAAAGAUUGAGGGAGAGAUAAAAGCUCCUGAGGUGGAAAUUGAAGGUCCAGAUGUUGACAGUGAAGGCCUCAAAAGUGGAUUCAAAAUGCCUAAAUUCAAAAUACCAUCAUUUGGCAUUAAGGGUCCAAAAGUAGAAGGCCCAGAUGUUGAUGUCAACCUUCCCAAAGCCAACAUUGACAUGAAAGCACCUAAUGUUGACAUCAAAGCACCAGAGCUUGAUAUUGAAGGACCUGAGGCAAAACUCAAAGGACCCAAAUUGAGCAUGCCAACCAUUUCAGGACCAAAAAUCAGCAUGCCAGAUGUGGAUUUCCAUCUGAAAGGUUCAAUACGCAAAGGUGAUGUGGAUGUGUCAGUUCCAAAGAUUGAAGGAGACAUAAAAGCACCUGACGUUGACAUCAAAGGUCCAGAGUUUGAUAUUGGAGGACCAAAAGGUGGAUUUGAAAUGCCUAAAAUCAAAAUGCCAUCAUUUGGCUUUAAAGGUCCAAAAGUGGAGGGUCCAGAUGUUGAUGUGAAACUGCCCAAGGCUGGUAUUGAUGUGAAAGCACCCGAAGUUGACAUUAAGGCUCCAGAGAUUGACAUUGAAGGUCCUGAUGCAAAGAUCAAAGGACCCAAAUUCAAGAUGCCAACCAUAAAGGGACCAAAAAUACCAGAUUUUGACAUGAAACUAAAAGGUCCUAAAGUCGAGGGAGAUGUGGAUGUGUCUGUUCCAAAGAUUGAAGGAGACAUAAAAGCUCCUGAGGUGAAAAUUGAAGGACCAGAUGUUGACAUUGAAGGCCCCAAAAGUGGGUUUAAAAUGCCUAAAUUUAAAAUGCCAUCCCUUGGGAAAGGUCCACAUAUCGAAGGGCCAGAUGUUGAUGUCAGCCUCCCUAAAGCUGAUAUUAAUAUUAGAGCCCCUGAACUGGACAUUGAAGGACCAGAAUUUGACAUUGAGAGCCCUAGUGGCAAGAUCAAGGGACCAAAGUUCAAAAUGCCAACUAUCUCAGGACCCAAAAUCUCCAUGCCAGAUGUGGAUUUCCAUCGGAAAAGUCCAAAACUCAAAGGUGAUGUGGAUGUGUCCGUUCCAAAGAUUGAAGGAGACAUAAAAGCACCCGAAGUUGACAUCAAAGGUCCAGAGGUUGAUAUUGAUGGAACAAAGAGUGGAUUUGAAAUGCCUAAGAUCAAAAUGCCAUCAUUUGGCUUUAAAGGUCCAAAAGUGGAAGGACCAGAUGUUGAUAUAAACCUCCCUAAAGCUGACAUUGAUGUGAAAGCACCUGAAGUUGACAUUAAAGCUCCAGAGAUUGACAUUGAAGGUCCUGAUGCAAAGAUCAAAGGACCCAAAUUCAAGAUGCCAACUAUAAAGGGACCAAAAAUACCAGAUUUUGACAUGAAACUAAAAGGUCCUAAAGUCGAGGGAGAUGUGGAUGUGUCUGUUCCAAAGAUUGAAGGAGACAUAAAAGCUCCUGAGGUGAAAAUUGAAGGACCAGAUGUUGACAUUGAAGGCCCCAAAAGUGGGUUUAAAAUGCCUAAAUUUAAAAUGCCAUCCCUUGGGGGGAAAGGUCCACAUAUCGAAGGGCCAGAUGUUGAUGUCAGCCUCCCAAAAGCUGAUAUUAAUAUUAGAGCCCCUGAACUGGACAUUGAAGGACCAGAAGUUGACUUUGAGAGCCCUAGUGGCAAGAUCAAGGGACCAAAGUUCAAAAUGCCAACUAUCUCAGGACCCAAAAUCUCCAUGCCAGAUGUGGAUUUCCAUCGGAAAAGUCCAAAACUCAAAGGUGAUGUGGACGUGUCCGUUCCAAAGAUUGAAGGAGACAUAAAAGCACCCGAAGUUGACAUCAAAGGUCCAGAGAUUGAUAUUGAUGGAACAAAGAGUGGAUUUGAAAUGCCUAAGAUCAAAAUGCCAUCAUUUGGCUUUAAAGGUCCAAAAGUGGAAGGACCAGAUGUUGAUAUAAACCUCCCUAAAGCUGACAUUGAUGUGAAAGCACCUGAAGUUGACAUUAAAGCUCCAGAGAUUGACAUUGAAGGUCCUGAUGCAAAGAUCAAAGGACCCAAAUUCAAGAUGCCAACCAUAAAGGGACCAAAAAUACCAGAUUUUGACAUGAAACUAAAAGGUCCUAAAGUUGAGGGAGAUGUGGAUGUGUCUGUUCCAAAGAUUGAAGGAGACAUAAAAGCUCCUGAGGUGAAAAUUGAAGGACCAGAUGUUGACAUUGAAGGCCCCAAAAGUGGGUUUAAAAUGCCUAAAUUUAAAAUGCCAUCCCUUGGGGGGAAAGGUCCACAUAUCGAAGGGCCAGAUGUUGAUGUCAGCCUCCCAAAAGCUGAUAUUAAUAUUAGAGCCCCUGAACUGGACAUUGAAGGACCAGAAGUUGACUUUGAGAGCCCUAGUGGCAAGAUCAAGGGACCAAAGUUCAAAAUGCCAACUAUCUCAGGACCCAAAAUCUCCAUGCCAGAUGUGGAUUUCCAUCGGAAAAGUCCAAAACUCAAAGGUGAUGUGGAUGUGUCCGUUCCAAAGAUUGAAGGAGACAUAAAAGCACCCGAAGUUGACAUCAAAGGUCCAGAGGUUGAUAUUGAUGGAACAAAGAGUGGAUUUGAAAUGCCUAAGAUCAAAAUGCCAUCAUUUGGCUUUAAAGGUCCAAAAGUGGAAGGACCAGAUGUUGAUAUAAACCUCCCUAAAGCUGACAUUGAUGUGAAAGCACCUGAAAUUGACAUUAAAGCUCCAGAGAUUGACAUUGAAGGUCCUGAUGCAAAGAUCAAAGGACCCAAAUUCAAGAUGCCAACCAUAAAGGGACCAAAAAUACCAGAUUUUGACAUGAAACUAAAAGGUCCUAAAGUCGAGGGAGAUGUGGAUGUGUCUGUUCCAAAGAUUGAAGGAGACAUAAAAGCUCCUGAGGUGAAAAUUGAAGGACCAGAUGUUGACAUUGAAGGCCCCAAAAGUGGGUUUAAAAUGCCUAAAUUUAAAAUGCCAUCCCUUGGGCUGAAAGGUCCACAUAUCGAAGGGCCAGAUGUUGAUGUCAGCCUCCCAAAAGCUGAUAUUAAUAUUAGAGCCCCUGAACUGGACAUUGAAGGACCAGAAGUUGACAUUGAGAGCCCUAGUGGCAAGAUCAAGGGACCAAAGUUCAAAAUGCCAACUAUCUCAGGACCCAAAAUCUCCAUGCCAGAUGUGGAUUUCCAUCGGAAAAGUCCAAAACUCAAAGGUGAUGUGGAUGUGUCCGUUCCAAAGAUUGAAGGAGACAUAAAAGCACCCGAAGUUGACAUCAAAGGUCCAGAGAUUGAUAUUGAUGGAACAAAGAGUGGAUUUGAAAUGCCUAAGAUCAAAAUGCCAUCAUUUGGCUUUAAAGGUCCAAAAGUGGAAGGACCAGAUGUUGAUAUAAACCUCCCUAAAGCUGACAUUGAUGUGAAAGCACCUGAAGUUGACAUUAAAGCUCCAGAGAUUGACAUUGAAGGUCCUGAUGCAAAGAUCAAAGGACCCAAAUUCAAGAUGCCAACCAUAAAGGGACCAAAAAUACCAGAUUUUGACAUGAAACUAAAAGGUCCUAAAGUCGAGGGAGAUGUGGAUGUGUCUGUUCCAAAGAUUGAAGGAGACAUAAAAGCUCCUGAGGUGAAAAUUGAAGGACCAGAUGUUGACAUUGAAGGCCCCAAAAGUGGGUUUAAAAUGCCUAAAUUUAAAAUGCCAUCCCUUGGGGGGAAAGGUCCACAUAUCGAAGGGCCAGAUGUUGAUGUCAGCCUCCCAAAAGCUGAUAUUAAUAUUAGAGCCCCUGAACUGGACAUUGAAGGACCAGAAGUUGACAUUGAGAGCCCUAGUGGCAAGAUCAAGGGACCAAAGUUCAAAAUGCCAACUAUCUCAGGACCCAAAAUCUCCAUGCCAGAUGUGGAUUUCCAUCGGAAAAGUCCAAAACUCAAAGGUGAUGUGGAUGUGUCAGUUCCAAAGAUUGAAGGAGACAUAAAAGCACCCGAAGUUGACAUCAAAGGUCCAGAGGUUGAUAUUGAUGGAACAAAGAGUGGAUUUGAAAUGCCUAAGAUCAAAAUGCCAUCAUUUGGCUUUAAAGGUCCAAAAGUGGAAGGACCAGAUGUUGAUAUAAACCUCCCUAAAGCUGACAUUGAUGUGAAAGCACCUGAAGUUGACAUUAAAGCUCCAGAGAUUGACAUUGAAGGUCCUGAUGCAAAGAUCAAAGGACCCAAAUUCAAGAUGCCAACCAUAAAGGGACCAAAAAUACCAGAUUUUGACAUGAAACUAAAAGGUCCUAAAGUCGAGGGAGAUGUGGAUGUGUCUGUUCCAAAGAUUGAAGGAGACAUAAAAGCUCCUGAGGUGAAAAUUGAAGGACCAGAUGUUGACAUUGAAGGCCCCAAAAGUGGGUUUAAAAUGCCUAAAUUUAAAAUGCCAUCCCUUGGGGUGAAAGGUCCACAUAUCGAAGGGCCAGAUGUUGAUGUCAGCCUCCCUAAAGCUGAUAUUAAUAUUAGAGCCCCUGAACUGGACAUUGAAGGACCAGAAGUUGACAUUGAGAGCCCUAGUGGCAAGAUCAAGGGACCAAAGUUCAAAAUGCCAACUAUCUCAGGACCCAAAAUCUCCAUGCCAGAUGUGGAUUUCCAUCGGAAAAGUCCAAAACUCAAAGGUGAUGUGGAUGUGUCCGUUCCAAAGAUUGAAGGAGACAUAAAAGCACCCGAAGUUGACAUCAAAGGUCCAGAGGUUGAUAUUGAUGGAACAAAGAGUGGAUUUGAAAUGCCUAAGAUCAAAAUGCCAUCAUUUGGCUUUAAAGGUCCAAAAGUGGAAGGACCAGAUGUUGAUAUAAACCUCCCUAAAGCUGACAUUGAUGUGAAAGCACCUGAAGUUGACAUUAAAGCUCCAGAGAUUGACAUUGAAGGUCCUGAUGCAAAGAUCAAAGGACCCAAAUUCAAGAUGCCAACCAUAAAGGGACCAAAAAUACCAGAUUUUGACAUGAAACUAAAAGGUCCUAAAGUCGAGGGAGAUGUGGAUGUGUCUGUUCCAAAGAUUGAAGGAGACAUAAAAGCUCCUGAGGUGAAAAUUGAAGGACCAGAUGUUGACAUUGAAGGCCCCAAAAGUGGGUUUAAAAUGCCUAAAUUUAAAAUGCCAUCCCUUGGGGGGAAAGGUCCACAUAUCGAAGGGCCAGAUGUUGAUGUCAGCCUCCCAAAAGCUGAUAUUAAUAUUAGAGCCCCUGAACUGGACAUUGAAGGACCAGAAGUUGACUUUGAGAGCCCUAGUGGCAAGAUCAAGGGACCAAAGUUCAAAAUGCCAACUAUCUCAGGACCCAAAAUCUCCAUGCCAGAUGUGGAUUUCCAUCGGAAAAGUCCAAAACUCAAAGGUGAUGUGGACGUGUCCGUUCCAAAGAUUGAAGGAGACAUAAAAGCACCCGAAGUUGACAUCAAAGGUCCAGAGGUUGAUAUUGAUGGAACAAAGAGUGGAUUUGAAAUGCCUAAGAUCAAAAUGCCAUCAUUUGGCUUUAAAGGUCCAAAAGUGGAAGGACCAGAUGUUGAUGUGAAACUGCCCAAGGCUGGUAUUGAUGUGAAAGCACCUGAAGUUGACAUUAAAGCUCCAGAGAUUGACAUUGAAGGUCCUGAUGCAAAGAUCAAAGGACCCAAAUUCAAGAUGCCAACCAUAAAGGGACCAAAAAUGCCAGAUUUUGACAUGAAACUAAAAAGUCCUAAAGUCGAGGGAGAUGUGGAUGUGUCUGUUCCAAAGAUUGAAGGAGACAUAAAAGCUCCUGAGGUGGAAAUUGAAGGACCAGAUGUUGACACUGGAGGCCUUAAAGGUGGAUUAAAAAUGCCUAAAUUUAAAAUGCCAUCUCUUGGGGGGAAAGGCCCACAUAUCGAAGGGCCAGAUGUUGAUGUCAGCCUCCCAAAAGCUGAUAUUAAUAUUAGAACCCCUGAACUGGACAUUGAAGGACCAGAAAUUGACAUUGACAGUCCUAGUGGCAAGAUCAAGGGACCAAAGUUCAAAAUGCCAACUAUCUCAGGACCCAAAAUUUCUAUGCCAGGUGUGGAUCUCAAUCUGAAGGGUCCCAAACUCAAAGGUGAUGUGGAUGUGUCAGUUCCAAAGAUUGAAGGAGACAUAAAAGCACCUGAAGUUGAUAUCAAAGGUCCAGAGGUUGAUAUUGAUGGGACAAAGGAUGGAUUUGAGAUACCUAAAAUCAAAAUGCCAUCUUUUGGCUUUAAAGGUCCAAAAGUGGAGGGUCCAGAUGUUGACAUAAACCUUCCCAAAGGUAAUAUUGAUGUGAAAGCACCUGAUGUUGAUAUCAAAGCACCAGACGUUGACAUUGAAGGACCGAAUGCAAAACUCAAAGGACCAAAAUUCAGUAUGCCAAACAUUUCAGGGCCAAAAUUCUCCAUGCCAGAUGUGGAUUUAAAUUUGAAACGUCCGAAAGUUAAAAGUGAUGUGGAUGUAUCAGUUCCCAAGAUUGGAGGAGACAUAAAAACACCUGAGGUUGAGAUCAAAGGUCCUAAACUUGAUUUUGAUUCUCCAUCUGGAGAAAUGACUGGGCCAAAAAUUAAGUUACCAACAAUAUCUGGACCGAAAAUGUCAUUGCCAGAUGUUCAACUGCCAAAAGCUGAAUUUGAGGGACCAGAUGUAACAGUUGAUGUUCCAGAAAUUGGCACAAAGAAAACAAAAUUUAAAAUGCCAAAGUUUGGAUUCAAGGGUCCAAAGAUAAAAGCCCCAGAAACGGAUGUGAAACUGGGACAAGUGGAUCUCAGCAUCAAGGGAAAGACUGGUAGCUCUGAAGGUAUUGAUGUUGACCUGGGAAUGACUGGUCCAAAAACUAAAGGAUCCAAAUUCAAAAUGCCAAAAUUUGGUUUCAAAGGCUCAAAGGUUGAAAUGCCAGAAGUUGAUAUUAAUCUUCCAAAAGGUGGCAUUGACACAAAAAUUCCAGAUGUUGACGUUGAAGCACCAGCUGUUAAAAUUGAGAGUCCUGAUGCCAAAAUCAAAGGACCAAAACUAAAAAUGCCAAGUAUUUCAGGACCAAAAAUUUCUAUGCCAGAUGUGGAUUUUAAUUUGAAAAGUCCAAAGCUUAAAGGUGAUGUGGAUGUGUCAGUUCCAAAGAUAGAAGGAGAAAUAAAAGCACCUGAAGCUGACAUCAAACUUCCAGAAGCUGAAAUUGAAGGAACACAAGGGGGAUUAGGAAUGCCGAAAAUUAAAAUGCCAUCUUUUGGCAUUAAGAGUCCCAAAGUGGAGAGUCCUGAAGUUGAUAUUGAGCUUCCAAAGGCUGAUGUUAAAGUCAAAUCUCCUGAAAUUGACAUGAAAGGGCCAAGCAUUGAUGUUGAAGGCCCUGAUGCAAAAUUGAAAGGACCCAAAUUCAAGAUGCCAUCCAUAUCAGCACCCAAGAUGCCGGACUGGGAUAUCAAUCUGAAAGGACCAAACCUGAAGGGAGAUAUGAAUGUGACAGGCCCAGAGAUUGGAGGAGAUAUAGAAGCUCCUAAGGUAGACAUUGAACUACCAGAUGUUGACUUGGAGAGUCCUAGUGGUAAAAUCAAGGGACCCAAAUUCAAAAUGCCAACUAUCUCAGGACCAAAACUGUCUAUGCCAGAUGUGGAUUUCCAUCUGAAAGGUCCCAAACUCAAAGGUGAUGUGGAUGUGUCAGUUCCAAAGAUUGAAGGAGACAUAAAAGCACCUGAAGUUGACAUCAAAGGUCCAGAGUUUGAUAUUGAUGGGACAAAGGGUGGAUUUGAAAUGCCUAAAAUCAAAAUGCCAUCAUUUGGCUUCAAAGGUCCAAAAGUGGAAGGUCCAGAUGUUGAUGUAAAACUUCCCAAGGCUGGCAUUGAUGUGAAAACACCUGAGGUUGACAUUAAAGGGCCAGAAGUUGACAUUGAAGUCCCUGAUGCAAAUCUCAAAGGACCCAAAAUCAAACUUCCAUCAAUAUCAGGACCUAAGAUGCCAGACUGGGAUAUUAGUCUGAAAGGGCCCAAAGUUAAGGGUGAUGUGGAUGUGUCAGUUCCAAAGAUCGAGGGUGACAUCAAAGCUCCCAAGGUUGAUAUUGAAGGACCAGAUAUUGACAUUGAUGGUCAUAAGGGAGGAUUUAAAAUGCCUAAAUUCAAAAUGCCAUCGUUUGGAGUUAAAGGCCCGCACAUUGAAGGGCCAGAAGUUGAUGUCAGUCUACCAAAGGCUGAUAUUGAUAUUAAAAGGCCUGAAUUGGAUAUCCAAGGGCCAGAAGUUGACAUUGAGAGUCCUAGUGGCAAGAUCAAAGGACCCAAAUUCAACAUGCCAAGUAUCUCAGGACCCAAAAUCUCUAUGCCAGAUGUGGAUUUCAAUCUUAAAGGUCCAAAACUCAAAGGUGAUGUGGAUGUGUCAAUUCCAAAGAUUGAAGGAGACAUAAAAGCACCCGAAGUUGACAUCAAAGGUCCAGAGAUUGAUAUUCAAACUCCAAAAGGUGGUUUUGAAAUGCCUAAAAUCAAAAUGCCAUCAUUUGGCUUUACAGGUCCAAAAGUGGAGGGUCCAGAUGUUGACAUAAACCUUCCAAAGGCUAAUGUUGAUGUUAAGGCACCUGAAGUUGACAUUAAAGGGCCGGAAGUUGACAUUGAAGUCCCUGAUGCAAAUCUAAAAGGACCCAAAAUCAAACUUCCAUCAAUAUCAGGACCUAAGAUGCCAGACUGGGAUAUUAGUCUGAAAGGGCCCAAGAUAAAAGGAGAUGUGGAUGUGUCAGUUCCAAAGAUCGAAGGAGACAUCAAAGCUCCUAAAGUGGAUAUUGAAGGACCUGAUGUUGACAUUGAGGGCCACAAAGGAUUUAAAAUGCCUAAGUUCAAAAUGCCAUCCUUUGGGGUGAAAGGUCCAAAACUUGAAGGGCCAGACGUUGAUGUCAGCCUCCCAAAAGCUGAUAUUGAUAUUAGAGCCCCUGAAUUAGACAUCAAAGGGCCAGAUGUUGACAUUGAGAGCCCAAGUGGUAGAAUCAAAGGACCAAAAUUCAACAUGCCAAGUAUCUCAGGACCAAAACUGUCUAUGCCAGAUGUGGAUUUCAAUCUGAAAGGUCCCAAACUCAAAGGUGAUGUGGACGUGUCAGUUCCAAAGAUUGAAGGAGACAUAAAAGUACCUGAAGUUGACAUCAAAGGUCCAGAGGUUGAUAUUGAAUGUCCAAAGGGUGGGUUUGAGAUGCCUAAAAUCAAAAUGCCAUCAUUUGGCUUUAAAGGUCCAAAAGUGGAGGGUCCAGAUGUUGACAUAAACCUUCCAAAGGCUAAUGUUGAUGUUAAGGCACCUGAAGUUGACAUUAAAGGGCCAGAAGUUGAUCUUGAGGGUCCUGAUGCAAAACUUAAAGGACCAAAAUUUAAGCUUCCAUCCAUAUCAGGGCCCAAGAUGCCAGACUGGGAUAUUAAUCUAAAAGGGCCCAAGGUAAAAGGAGAUGUGGAUGUGUCAGUUCCAAAGAUUGAAGGAGACAUCAAAGCUCCUAAAGUGGAUAUUGAAGGACCUGAUGUUGACAUUGAGGGCCACAAAGGAUUUAAAAUGCCUAAGUUCAAAAUGCCAUCCUUUGGGGUGAAAGGUCCAAAUGUUGAAGGGCCAGACAUUGAUGUCAGCCUCCCAAAAGCUGAUAUUGAUAUUAGAGCCCCUGAAUUAGACAUCAAAGGGCCAGAUGUUGACAUUGAGAGCCCAAGUGGUAGAAUUAAAGGACCAAAAUUCAGCAUGCCAACAAUUUCUGGACCAAAACUCUCAAUGCCAGAUGUGGAUUUCCAUCUGAAAGGUCCCAAACUCAAAGGUGAUGUGGAUGUCUCAGUUCCAAAGAUUGAAGGAGACAUAAAAGUGCCCGAAGCUGACAUCAAAGGUCCGGAGAUUGAUAUUGAAUGUCCAAAAGGUGGAUUCGAGAUGCCUAAAAUCAAAAUGCCAUCAUUUGGCUUUAAAGGUCCAAAAGUGGAGGGUCCAGAUGUUGACAUAAACCUUCCAAAGGCUAAUGUUGAUGUUAAGGCACCUGAAGUUGACAUUAAAGGGCCAGAAUUUGAUGUUGAGGGCCCUGAUGCAAAACUUAAAGGACCCAAAUUCAAACUGCCAUCAAUAUCAGGGCCCACACUACCAGAUUGGGAUAUUAGUCUGAAAGGGCCCAAAGUAAAGGGUGAUGUGGAUGUUUCAGUUCCAAAGAUUGAGGGUGACAUCAAAGCUCCCAAGGUUGACCUUGAAGGACCAGAUGUUGACAUUGAUGACCACAAAGGAGGAUUUAAAAUGCCUAAGUUUAAAAUGCCAUCCUUUGGUGGGAAAGGUCCAAAGAUUGAAGGACCAGAAGUUGAUGUCAGCCUUCCUAAAGCUGACAUUGAUAUUAAAGCUCCUAAACUAGACAUUGAAGCACCAGACAUUGGCUUGGAGAGUCCUAGUGGUAAAAUCAAGGGACCAAAGUUCAAAAUGCCAACUAUCUCAGGACCAAAACUGUCUAUGCCAGAUGUGGAUUUCCAUCUGAAAGGUCCCAAACUCAAAGGUGAUGUGGAUGUGUCAGUUCCAAAGAUCGAAGGAGACAUAAAAGCACCUGAAGUUGACAUCAAAGGUCCAGAGUUUGAAAUAAUUGAAGGUUCAAAAGGUGGAUUUGAGAUGCCUAGAAUCAAAAUGCCAUCAUUUGGUUUCAAAGGCCCAAAAGUGGAGGGUCCAAAUGUUGAUAUAAACCUCCCAAAAGCAAACAUUGACAUUAAGGCACCUGAAGUUGACAUUAAAGGACCAGAAGUUGAUCUUGAGGGUCCUGAUGCAAAAGUCAAAGGACCCAAAUUCAAGCUUCCCUCCAUAUCAGGACCCACAAUACCAGAUUGGGAUCUGAGUCUAAAAGAGCCCAAGAUGAAAGGAGAUGUGGAUGUGUCAGUUCCAAAGAUUGAAGGAGACAUCAAAGCUCCUAAAGUGGAUAUUGAAGGACCUGAUGUUGACAUUGAGGGCCACAAAGGAUUUAAAAUGCCUAAGUUCAAAAUGCCAUCCUUUGGUGUGAAAGGUCCAAAACUUGAAGGGCCAGAAGUUGAUGUCAGCCUCCCAAAAGCUGAUAUUGAUAUUAGAGCCCCUGAAUUAGACAUCAAAGGGCCUGACGUUGACAUUGAUAGUCCUAGUGGCAAAAUCAAAGGACCUAAAUUCAGCAUGCCAAGUAUCUCAGGACCAAAACUGUCUAUGCCAGAUGUGGAUUUCCAUCUGACAGGUCCCAAAUUAAAAGGUGAUAUGGACGUGUCAGUUCCAAAGAUUGAAGGAGACAUAAAAGUACCUGAAGUUGACAUCAAAGGCCCAGAGGUUGAUAUUGAAAGUCCAAAAGGUGGGUUUGAGAUGCCUAAAAUCAAAAUGCCAUCAUUUGGGUUCAAAGGUCCAAAAGUGGAAGGUCCAGAUGUUGACAUAAACCUCCCAAAAGCAAACAUUGACAUUAAGGCACCUGAAGUUGACAUUAAAGGGCCAGAAGUUGAUGUUGAGGGACCUGAUGCAAAAGUCAAAGGACCCAAAUUCAAGCUUCCAUCCAUGUCAGGACCCACAAUGCCAGAUUGGGAUCUGAGUCUAAAAGGGCCCAAGAUGAAAGGAGAUGUGGAUGUGUCAGUUCCAAAGAUUGAAGGAGACAUCAAAGCUCCUAAAGUGGAUAUUGAAGGACCUGAUGUUGACAUUGAGGGCCACAAAGGAUUUAAAAUGCCUAAGUUCAAAAUGCCAUCCUUUGGUGUGAAAGGUCCAAAACUUGAAGGGCCAGAAGUUGAUGUCAGCCUCCCAAAAGCUGAUAUUGAUAUUAGAGCCCCUGAAUUAGACAUCAAAGGGCCUGACGUUGACAUUGAUAGUCCUAGUGGCAAAAUCAAAGGACCUAAAUUCAGCAUGCCAAGUAUCUCAGGACCAAAACUGUCUAUGCCAGAUGUGGAUUUCCAUCUGACAGGUCCCAAAUUAAAAGGUGAUAUGGACGUGUCAGUUCCAAAGAUUGAAGGAGACAUAAAAGUACCUGAAGUUGACAUCAAAGGCCCAGAGGUUGAUAUUGAAAGUCCAAAAGGUGGGUUUGAGAUGCCUAAAAUCAAAAUGCCAUCAUUUGGGUUCAAAGGUCCAAAAGUGGAAGGUCCAGAUGUUGACAUAAACCUCCCAAAAGCAAACAUUGACAUUAAGGCACCUGAAGUUGACAUUAAAGGGCCAGAAGUUGAUGUUGAGGGACCUGAUGCAAAAGUCAAAGGACCCAAAUUCAAGCUUCCAUCCAUGUCAGGACCCACAAUGCCAGAUUGGGAUCUGAGUCUAAAAGGGCCCAAGAUGAAAGGAGAUGUGGAUGUGUCAGUUCCAAAGAUUGAAGGAGACAUCAAAGCUCCUAAAGUGGAUAUUGAAGGACCUGAUGUUGACAUUGAGGGCCACAAAGGAUUUAAAAUGCCUAAGUUCAAAAUGCCAUCCUUUGGUGUGAAAGGUCCAAAACUUGAAGGGCCAGAAGUUGAUGUCAGCCUCCCAAAAGCUGAUAUUGAUAUUAGAGCCCCUGAAUUAGACAUCAAAGGGCCUGACGUUGACAUUGAUAGUCCUAGUGGCAAAAUCAAAGGACCUAAAUUCAGCAUGCCAAGUAUCUCAGGACCAAAACUGUCUAUGCCAGAUGUGGAUUUCCAUCUGACAGGUCCCAAAUUAAAAGGUGAUAUGGACGUGUCAGUUCCAAAGAUUGAAGGAGACAUAAAAGUACCUGAAGUUGACAUCAAAGGCCCAGAGGUUGAUAUUGAAAGUCCAAAAGGUGGGUUUGAGAUGCCUAAAAUCAAAAUGCCAUCAUUUGGGUUCAAAGGUCCAAAAGUGGAAGGUCCAGAUGUUGACAUAAACCUCCCAAAAGCAAACAUUGACAUUAAGGCACCUGAAGUUGACAUUAAAGGGCCAGAAGUUGAUGUUGAGGGACCUGAUGCAAAAGUCAAAGGACCCAAAUUCAAGCUUCCAUCCAUGUCAGGACCCACAAUGCCAGAUUGGGAUCUGAGUCUAAAAGGGCCCAAGAUGAAAGGAGAUGUGGAUGUGUCAGUUCCAAAGAUUGAAGGAGACAUCAAAGCUCCUAAAGUGGAUAUUGAAGGACCUGAUGUUGACAUUGAGGGCCACAAAGGAUUUAAAAUGCCUAAGUUCAAAAUGCCAUCCUUUGGGGUGAAAGGCCCAAAUGUUGAAGGGCCAGAAGUUGAUGUCAGCCUCCCAAAAGCUGAUAUUGAUAUUAGAGCCCCUGAAUUAGACAUCAAAGGACCAGACGUUGACAUUGAGAGCCCGAGUGGUAGAAUCAAAGGACCCAAAUUCAGCAUGCCAAGUAUCUCAGGACCAAAACUGUCUAUGCCAGAUGUGGAUUUCAAUCUGAAAGGUCCAAAACUCAAAGGUGAUAUGGACGUGUCAGUUCCAAAGAUUGAAGGAGACAUAAAAGCACCUGAGAUUGAUAUUAAAGGUCCCCAGGUUGAUAUUGAAUGUCCAAAAGGUGGAUUUGAGAUGCCUAAAAUCAAAAUGCCAUCAUUUGGUUUCAAAGGCCCAAAGGUGGAGGGUCCAAAUGUUGACAUAAACGUCCCAAAAGCAAACAUUGAUGUGAAAGCACCUGAAGUUGACAUUAAAGCGCCGGAAGUUGAUCUUGAGGGUCCUGAUGCAAAAGUCAAAGGACCCAAAUUUAAGCUCCCAUCCAUAUCAGGACCCACAAUGCCUGAUUGGGAUAUUAAUCUGAAAGGGCCCAAAUUAAAAGGAGAUGUGGACGUGUCAGUUCCAAAAAUCGAGGGUGACAUCAAAGUUCCCAAAGUUGACAUCGAAGGACCAGAUGUUGACAUUGAGGGUCAGAAAGGAGGAUUGAAAAUGCCUAAAUUCAAAAUGCCCUCAUUUGGAGGGAAAGGUCCCAGUGUUGAAGGUCCAGAAGUUGACGUCCAUCUUCCAAAAGCUGACCUUAAUAUUAAAGCACCUGAGCUGGACAUCCAAGGACCAGACAUUGAUAUUGAGAGUCCCAGUGGCAAGAUUAAAGGACCAAAAUUCAAGGCACCAACCAUCACAGGGCCAAAAAUCUCCAUGCCAGAUGUGGAUUUCUAUCUGAAAGGUCCAAAACUCAAAGGUGAUGUGGAUGUGUCCGUUCCAAAGAUUGAAGGAGACAUAAAAGCACCCGGAGUUGACAUCAAAGGUCCGGAGGUUGAUCUUGAUGGAACAAAGAGUGGAUUUGAAAUGCCUAAGAUCAAAAUGCCAUCACUGAACAUUAAAGGUCCAAAAGUGCAGGGUGCAGAUGUUGAUAUAAACCUUCCAAAAGCUAACAUUGACUUGAAAGCACCUGAAAUUGACCUUAAAUCUCCAGAAUUUGACAUUGAAGGGCCUGAUGCAAAAAUCAAAGGACCCAAAUUUAAGAUGCCAACCAUAAAAGGACCAAAGACGCCAGAUUUUGAUAUCCAUCUUAAAGGUCCUAAAGUCAAAGGUGAUGUAAAUGUGUCAGCUCCAAAGAUUGAAGGAGACAUAAAAACACCUGUUAUUGACGUCAAAGGUCCAGAGAUUGAUGUUGAGGGCGCUAAGGGUGGAAUUGAGAUGUCUAAGAUCAACAUGCCAUCACUGAACAUUAAACGUCCAAAAGUGGAGGGUCCAGAUGUUGACAUCAACCUUCCUAAAUCUAAUAUUGAUUUUAAAGCACCUGAUCUUGAUGUAAACCUAAGAGGGCCUAAAAUCAAAGGGGAGAUGGAUGCUUCAGUGCCCAAAUUUGAAGGUGAUAUCAAAGGUCCAAAUGCCAACAUUAAAGUACCAACCAUCACUGCGGAGGGUGGAAAGACAGGUGUCACAUUUCCUAAGUUCAAAGGUCCUAAGUUUGGAAUGAAAUACCCAGAAGUGGAGGGCCCUCAAUCCAUGGUUAAGUCACCUAUGAUCAGUGUAGGAGCAAAAGGUACCAAAGCAGAAGUAAGUCUCCCAGACACUGAAGCAAGUCUGGAUGCCCCUGAUAUUGACAUCAAUGUAAAGGGAAAAAAGGGUAAAUUUAAACUUCCUAAAGUGAAAGGAAAGGCAAAGAAACCUGAUUUUGACAUAGAAACACCAGCAGUAGACAUGGAUGUAGACACACCCAAAAUUCAUGUCAAAGGAACAAAGGUGAAGAAACCUCUUUUUGGAAAGCUUCACUUUCCUGAUGUCGAAUUAGAUAUCAAAUCACCAAAAGUGAAAGGUGAUGGAUCUUUAUCAGAGGGUUUGAAAUCACAUGACAUAGAUUUGCCAUCUGCUAGCCUGAACACUAGUAUUGACAGUCCAAAUGUUAGUCUGGAAGGGUCAGAUGUGAAAUUAAAGACUCCUAACAUCAAAAUGCCAAAUGUGAAAGGUGGUACAGAGAUUGAUGCAAGUGUUUCCGGUGGCAGUGCAGCUGGUAGUCUUCAAUACCCAGAGGGUACGGUGACAUUUCCCAAAAUCAAGGUACCAAAAUUUGGUAUUGCUCUGCCUCAGCUGGAAGGCCAAGAAGGUGCAGGAAAUGUUGAAUCUGAACUUUCAGCUAGUGGAGGAAUAAACAUAAAGUCUCCAUCUGUUAGUUAUCAAGCCAGUUCACAAAAUAUUGAGGUUCCCAGUCCAGAGCUGAGGCACAGUGAAGGAAAAGUAAAGGUAAAAAUGCCUAAAUUGUUUGGCAAAUCAAAAGCAAAGGGCAGUAGCGCAGGUGACCUUCGGGGACCAGAGGUAGAACUGAGUACUAGUGGAAAGGGCAGUAUUGGAAAGUUAGAAUUAGAGGGUGAUCCUGGACUCAGUGUGUCAUCAAAAGGCAAGUCAGCCUCACUAGAUCUAUUUAAGAAAUCAAGGCAUCGGUCUUCUUCUCUGAGUGAUGAAGGGGGACUUGCAGUCAGUUCUCCUUCAGCUCACUUAGAAGCUGAGGGUGGUGACAUUUCAUUAGAUCUAGGAGGAAGCAAGGUCAAAGGAAAGAAAGGCAAGCUGAAGUUUGGCACCUUUGGAGGUUUUGGUUCAAAGUCAAAGGGCUCAUAUGAAGUGACACUUGGUGAGGACAGUGAAGCAGGAGCAGAGGGAAGUGCAGGUGUUUCUCUACCCUCUAAAAAGUCGAGAUUGUCUUCAUCUUCCAGCAGUGACAGUGGUUCAAGAGCUGGUUUUAGGUUCCCAAGAGUUGAACUGUCUGUUUCACCAAAGAAAUGAUUCUUUAUGAGGCAAAUUAAACUCUCUCAUGUACACCCAAAUACGUUCUCCUAAUAUGGUAAAUUCUUAAAAUUUUAGCUCUUUCAAACCUAAGGGGGCGUACACAGUCAUCUCAAUGUUGUUAACCACAAGUAAUUCUUUUUCAUCAGUAAUUACACAGGAGUGCAUGAGAUUGUUUAAAAUCCCUUCAAAAACUGUAAAUAAGAUUAAUUUGUAUUGUAAUAAUAAAUAUUGUUUUUUUUGUACAUAGUCCAGAUUUAUUGAAAAUAUGCCAUGUCACCAAAUAUUCAUUUCAUUCAACAGUUUAUUACAUGGUUUGUCAUUUUGUCCUAUUUCAUUCUAUUAAAUGAAUGUUGUUAAUGAAUGGGUGUGGUAUAUUUGUAUCCAGGGGUCUAUUGCACAGAACAGAUAGUUACAAUAGUUAUUUUGAAGGAAAAUGUUGUUUAUACACCAGACACAAAUAUUAACAGUUACCACUUUUUAUGUAUGAAAUGAUUUUAUUUUCAAGCUUUGAUAUUAUAUAAUCAGUGCAGAAGCAUAUAUAAGCAACAUAGAGUUGGCCCUUAAUAACACAUUCUUAAGUGUGAUGGUGUUGUAUAUACCAUAAUUGCAAAGACAAUCACUGUUUGGAAACUAUCAACUCUCUAAAAUGCUGUCAGUACUUUUCUGUUCAUUGCAAAGAAAAAUUGUUCACCUUUAAAUUCUGUGCCAUUUACCAAAAAUAUGCAUUUGCUUCAGUUGUUUUAAACACGUUAAGCUUCCUAAUCCUGUGUCAUUUUCAUUCUUAUCUGUUUUAUGAUCCUCUGUAUUGUAUUUCCUUUGUCACUCUCUCUUUAUACACAUAAAAAACUAUGUCACAAAUAAACAGUCACUUUUUGAUGUCAAACAAAAUUUGCGUUGAUAGAGAGUUGCAUAGUUUUGAUCAAAUAUGAUGGAGAUAGAACAUGAUUGUUUGGGUCUAUUGUGUGCAUUCUGCCAAAUAAACUAAAUAAAAAGAUUUAUCAAAUUUA